AUGAUCACACAUAGAAAGACGCGGACCGGCUGCGUGCAGUGCAAGAAACGUCGGAUAAAGUGCGACGAAACCAAACCAAUAUGUGAGAAAUGUAGAAGAACAUCACGAGAAUGCAGUUUCCAGAACCCUCAACCAGAUACGAGUGCUCGUUCUGGAGAGAGUUUCACCCUAAAGGAAAUGGAACUACUGCAUCAUUUCGUCACGCAUACGGCAAAAACACUUUCCGAUCAGACAGAGCAUCAAAACAUUUGGCAGACCGCAGUCGUCAAAGUCGCGUUCAGACACAAGUUUCUGAUGCAUGGAAUCCUCGCGGUUGCUGGUCUCCACGUGUCAGUUACGCGUCAAUGCGAUGAGGAUGACCACUCCAUAUUGGCCGCCAAUCACCAGGACCUGGGCUUGCAAGGAUUUCGGUCUGCUCUGGAGAACUUCAACUCGGAAAACUGCGAGGCGUUAUUUGCUUCGUCGAUUCUGGUCGCGUGCUACAUCAUCGCCUCAUCAGGCACGCGCUUUAACCCCAACCUGUCCACAGGAAGCAUUUUCAACGAGGUCUUGCUCGGGGCUGUGGUAGACUGGAUUCGUAUAUUCAGAGGCACCGACCAUAUUGCUCGUCGUGGUAGGAUGUGGCUCGAGGACAGCCCCCUUGCACCUCUCCUUGUAGACGGACCAUUCUGUCAGUUCACCCAGCCCAUGGAUGAAAAGGCCGUCGAGGAAGACGAAUAUUUAUCCAAUCUACAACAGCUAUGGCAGCCCGGCACUCCCUCUACAAUCGAGGGGACCAGCAGCGAAGAAGCAGCCAUAUAUGACGAGGCCUUACACUACUUGCGGGAAGCAUAUGGUCGUAUGAGCAGAGCCACGGCACCACAAAACACCUGCACAUGGUGCUACAAGAAAUCAUCAGAGACUGAAACUGCUCAUCAAUGUAUCUCACCAAUCCUUGCCGGUCUAUUCUGGUUCGUGCAGAUUCCGAGUGAAUUCUUCGAAAUGCUAGAACAACAUAAGAUCGUCGCUCUUAUUCUGCUGGUACAUCAAGCAGUCCUCAUCAAGCGAAUAGGCAAUCUAUGGUGGAACCGAACGCCGGCAAUAAAAGUCGCGAGUUCUGUUUACUCGACAAUACCCCCGGAGUAUCAUUUCUGGCUCGAAUGGCCAAACCAAGAAAUCGAGUACACUCCCUAUAGCUGA